GGAAAAUAUCUCCAUUGGUGAUGUUUGAAAUGUACAGCCUGGCAAAGGAAGAAAAGUUUUUUAAAAUAUCAACAUCUGUCUUUAAAUAUUGUCUGACCACCUCCCACUGACCCACACUUUCUUCACAGCUAUGAAAACUUAAAUUGAUGUAAAAAAAAAAAUUACAAAUAAACCAGUGUUAUCCACUGAAAUGACAAAUACUGAAUUCUGCCAAGCCUAAGAAGCAAAUGCUUCCUGUUGACUUUUUACUGGAACAGUGCCAAGCAUUACUGAUACUUUCAACACAGGAAAAUAAUGACUACAGUAGUAGAUUUUUAGAAAGGGGUGAGAGUGUGCUGCUUAUCUUCACCAAGAAAGGAGAAUGGGUGGGUUGCUUUUUGUUCCAGAUCUAGCCCCAAUCUCUCAACUAUGAAUACAAACUUGUAUGAAGGAGAAUCUGUUUAACUGCAGGACCAAAAAUGCCUUAUGAUGAUGAGGUUCAACUGAGUGCACUGAGGUCUCAAAAAUAGUGAAUAUUUUAGUGAGUUUCAUGUACAGGAUUCUCAGGCAGACACUCACUAACUUCUUGCUCUUUGGUUGCUAGCUAUCACAGAACAGUGUAUCAAUGCACGUCCUUUUCAGAUGCCGUAGUUUUGUUCGUUGGUUCCCUCCUUGGCUGGUCCAGGCUGUGUAAGGUUACAUUUACGUUUCUUUGUUCUAAACAAUCUUAAUAAUACAGUCUUGGAAAGAGAUCUGAUAGGAGGAACUGUAUGACUGCCCAUGCUUGUGGAAACAGCAUCCCUUAAGAAGUAAAUUCACAACAGGAAGUUUUUUUGUUUUUUAUGAUGUGACCAAAUUCUCAUGGUGUGACAGUAACUAAGGGUAAAUGGCUUCCUGGGAAUGGACACUUCCAGGUCUGUUACCUGCUACUGAGAUGAUUUAGAGGUUCUGGGCCAAAAGCAGGAGCCAGUUGAGUCUAGAUGCUGGAGACAGGGUUUGAAAUGUUCUUGCCCAGCAAUGUCCGAUUAAAAACUCUCUUGUUGUCCUGGUAGGAACUUCACUUGUUAGGCGCAGCAGGGUGAGGGGCCGAAUGGUGGUGGAUUCCAGGGCGUGGGGAGAGACUGCAUCAAUAAACUAUCCUUUUCCUUUAGGCAAAGUCUUGAAUUUGGGACCAAAAGCUGGCCAGAUCUAUGUGCCAAAUGUGUGAAUGUUUGUGGUGCUAUUGGGCUGUUCUGGCAGGGUCUGGGUUCUGCUGGUGGAUUAGGAUCCAUUCUGCGGGCUCUCAACUUGUGCGGUAGAAUUCAGAAGCCAAAAACUAACUGGGUGUCAUGGUGCUUAUGUUCUUGGCCCGAACAGGGAAUGACACGAACUGACCCUGCUGUGCCCUGAACUAUUCUGACUGUUGCAUCUUAGCUUCUGCACAGAACUGAAAGUCACAGAGGGAGAGGAAUCGGAGUGACUCUUGCUACAGCUGGAAAGGAGCAGAUCAGAGGUGCUCAGAGUAGCCUGUGUGCGUCAGCAGAGAGAUGGGGAAAACAGCAGAUUCAACUGAGCACACUCCACAAGGAGAGGUGCGCCCCAUUUGUAAUGGGGACCCUGAGACAAGAGGGGAGAUGGAAACUCAAAAGAAUCCUCAACAAGAAAAGUUCCUAAUGGAGGUGCCAAGUAGGAAUGGAGAUGCAACGAGAGAACGAGACCCAGGUUGUCUGGCUCCUGUCAGGAAACCCAUAGUGUGGGGCACAGUUGCAUUUCUGCUCAUCGUUGGUUUGGUGGCAGCUCUGGCAGUGGUAACAUCUAAGCCACCUGUGGCUGAUGUGGGGGUACAAGGAGAGACUGCCUGCCCCAAUGGCUGGGUCGCGUUCCAAGGGAAAUGCUACUAUUUCUCAGAGGUUGAAGGGAGCUGGAACGACAGCCAGAGCAACUGCUCCUCCCUCGGUGCCUCCCUGGCUGGGAUCGACACCCAGCAGGACAUGGACUUCGUGCUGCGCUACAGAAGCCACCGUGAUCACUGGUUCGGCCUCCGGAGGGAGCAGGACCUCCGGCCCUGGAGAUGGGUGAACGGCACCAAAUUCAACAACUGGUUUAAAAUCGGAGGGGGAGGCAAGUGCGCGUAUCUGAAGGAAGCAAAAGCCAUCAGCUCCUCGCGGUGCUCUAUGGAGAGGCACUGGGUCUGCAGCAAACCCCACACGUGUGCAAAGGGAGAUUAUCAUCUGCCCUUUGUGAACAGUGCGGUCUCAGCUGGAGCCUCCAGGUGUUACUGUAAUAUGGAUAAUGACGCCGGCAACACCACAUCCUGUGUCUCUGUCCUGCUUCGGACGCGGUCUAUGAAGGGUUAUGCCGAUACUUGUCACGCAGCCCGGGAGACACUGAGGCUGAUUUACAAAUCCGAAUUCACAGGUUCUCCUGCGAAGCUGCGUGGGUAUAAAAUCACCAUCGGCGUUUUGGGGGCCUGGAGCGUUGUGGCGACGCUGGCUGUGAUCGCGCUGAGCAUUCUGGAGGGCACUGGCUGCAAAAUCUGUCCCCCAGACUGGCUGCCACAUGGUGCCAAAUGCUACUGGUUUUCUACAGAGAGUAAAAUCUGGUCCGGGAGCCGUGCGGACUGCUCAGCGAGGAGCGCUGGCAUGGUGGUGAUCCAGGAGCAGGAUGAGAUGGAGUUCCUGGGGAGCAGCAUUCAAGAGAAGUACCUUGUCUGGACUGGCCUCAGUGCAAACGGGACCUGGAGGAAAUGGACCUGGGUGGAUGGAUCCUUGUUAAAUCAGACGCUGUUCCCCGUGAAAGGAGCCGCCGAAGAGAACAGCUGUGGGGUGAUCAAAGGGAGUCAGAUCCAGUCGGAAACCUGCAGCGCCAGUUCUGUUCUGAGAGCAAAAAUGGAGAUUGCCAUUCAGCAUCAAUAUGUGGACCCAGAGAAGCAGGAGUCAGGGGAAAAAUUGAUUUGGCUGGAGACUCAAAGCACCAAGUCACCCAUCCAGCGAGAGGAAAGCGUUCUGGAUAAUGAUCAGAAGGUUCGUGUGUGUACAUGGGGGACGGCCACUCGUCUCAAAGUCCUAGCUGGAAUCGCAGGCACAGCUGUGGCUAUAACGCUCAUCAUUUUAGCAGUGCUGACAACCAGAUCCCAUGUGACCAGUUCUCCUUCCCCUGCCGCCUCGUAUCCAGUCUCCGGUCCAGGCCCCUCCUGCCCUGGCAGCUGGAUCGGGUACCGAGGGAAAUGCUAUUAUUUCUCAGAGAUGGAAGGGAAUUGGACCUACAGCCAGAGCCAGUGCUCAGCACUCAGUGCCUCCCUGGCUGUGAUUGACAGUGAGCAGGACCUGAUUUUCAUGCUGCGCUUUAAAGUCAGAACAGAUCCAUGGAUCGACCUCCGGAGGGAGCCCGGUCAGGGGUGGAAAUGGCCCAACGGUUUGGAAUUCAACAACUCGUUUGUCAUUCGAGGGGAAUCCGACUGCGCUUUCCUGAGCGAAGACACCGUCAGCUCUUCGAGAUGCUACAUUGAGCGAAACUGGAUCUGCAGCAAACCCGAUGCCUAUGCAAAGGGAACUGAUACGAGGGGGGACUUGAGAGUCUAAAAGUUAAAAUUGCAGCUCUGCUUUGAAAUAAGAUUUUGAAAAAUGGCAUUGGAAGGGUGAUAAAUGAAGAGGGGUGGGCCCCCACUUUCUGCAUUCGAAGUGCCAGAGUGGGGAUUCAGCCUUGACAGGAGGUUUCAGGGUUAUUACUUCUCAGCAAA